AUCCCAACUACUGUAUCUCCUACCUCUGAAGCAACAUCACCUCCAGUUCCAGGAAAUAUAGAGAAUGUGAGCAGACCCAGCUGUGGUGUCCUGGAGUGGGAUCCUCCAUCUACCGGCAGCGAGGGACUCACCUACCAGAUAAGGUUCUACAGCGGGCAGAGUUUUCGGUCAUCUCCCUCUUCUCAACGGAGAGUUCUGGCCUCUUCCACCAACUCUCUGAGCUUUACUGCACAGGGCGUACCAAGCAGCCGGCCCCUGUUUGCCAUUGUCAAGGCCAGGAAUAGCAAUGGUGUUCAUUCACAUUCCUGGUCCACUCCAAUUGUUGCUGCAGUGACUGGUUGUCUUUGAAGUCGCUUCU